GAAAACGAAUAUGCUUGGCUCGUAUACGCUUAGCUAAACAAUGUGUGCUAACCGUGAUAAAGGGAUCGUUCUGAAAAUUACCCAACAUAAUUUCGUCCAUUUUUUUUCAACGUUGUGUCCGCAAGUCUACUUCGGGGUCAAUCCAAACUCGCUGAACAACACCGGGUUGGAUGAAACUCAGUCGAUACGGACAAAAUACGCGCCUAUAACUUUCUCUUUACAAAGACUUAAACCUGGCUCCCGCAGUGCUGCUUGCGACAUGGACAUGGUCAACGACUACCGACAGGCAUCAAUCUACCCUUAAAUAAUUGAGUAAAGGAGUACCAGAGCGAGGCCUCCAGUGGACGCUUUUCCUAGGAAACUUCCCAUAUAAUCUAUCACUCAAGAACCUCUCUCGCCCUUUCCUUUCAUCUCAUUCUCCGUUGUUGCUUCAAAUACCAUAAAGGUCUGCGUUCUCUGUAAAUCUUGGGAAGUGGGUUUCAGUUCUUUGAAGCAUCCUCGGUGACCCAUCAAAGUUUUGGAUUCUCUUUGCUUGUUUGGUCUGUGAAGAAAGAAAGAACAAGAAAUGUCAGUUGAUCCGGUAGGAACUGCUGUGGGAAUGGCAUUCGGCGAGCUGUUUUUGCUCGUUAAGGAAGUAGUGCAAACCGUUGCCGUGUUUCAUGAUCAGCUCAAGAAGAUUGAAUCCACCUUGGACUCCAUAGUCCCAAUCAUGAAAGACAUUGACGAGUUCAACAGACGGAUGGAUCGUAAAGACAUGGGGCAGAUACAGGCCCUAAUUAAUAAUGGCAAAGACCUUGUCAAGAAGUGCUCGAACAUCAAGGCGCUCAACCUGUACAAGAAGUAUAUGCACUCGAAAAAGCUGACUGACUUCGACGCGACACUCGCCAGGGAGUUCCAGAUUUCCAUGCCACUGCUGUCUGUUAGGAAUACCGCGGAGAUAUUGGGGGAGGUGAAGGAGUUCCGAGAAGAAUUCAGGGUGUACCAUUCCGGUCAAGCGAACAACGGGGCCCUCCAGAGCGGGCUCGGGGCUUCGGGCAACCUCACGGUCCCUGAGGCACCCGAUUUCAUCGUUGGGUCGGAGGUGGAGGCAUCCUUGAGGAAGCUCAAGGGGCGGUUGCUUGAGGAGGGAGUGUCUAUGAUAGUUGUGACCGCCCCAGGCGGCUGUGGGAAGACCACUUUGAUUACAAAGUUGUGUCAUGACGUGGACAUUGAAGGCAAAUUCAACAACAAUAUCAUGUUCAUCCGUGUCUCGAAGAAGCUCAACCUGAUGGACAUUGUCCAGAAGAUGAUGCAACAUAAGAAUUUCCCGGUACCCACGAUUGAAACAGAAGAUCGCGCAGUUCAUUACUUGCAGCAACUGCUUGAAAGAAUAGGACAAAAUCCUGUGUUGCUUGUGCUGGAUGAUGUCUGGAGCGAAUCGAAAUCCAUCCUUGAUAAAUUUGUCUUCAAGAAGAUCAAAGAUUACAAGAUCGUGGUGACAUCAAGAUAUGAGUUUCCUGAUGUUAGUUUUGUGCAUCACCUGAACCCACUGAAUAAUGUUGAAGCCCUGGAACUUUUUCAUCGAUCUGUUACAGUUGAUGGUAGAAGCAUGGUUGUACCAGAUGAUCUCUUGAAACAGGUAGUGAAUCGCUGUAAGGGAUUGCCAUUGGCUCUUACAGUUGUUGCCAAGUCUCUCCGAGGAAAGGAUCCUUCGUUCUGGCAAACAAAGCUCCUUGAUUGGUCUGAAGGACGUACCCUUUUGGGUUCAGACAGUGACAUUCUAGAUUGCCUCAGAAAGAGCUUGGAUGACUUGGAUGGUGACCCUUCAAUCAAGGAACGUUUCAUGGACCUCAGCUCAUUUCCAGAGGAUCGCAAGAUCCCUGCCACCGCCCUCAUUGAUAUGUGGGUGGAAUUGUACAACCUAGAUUUCAAUGGUCUGCGCGCCGUUACUGACCUCCAUAAACUCAUUUACAGGAACCUAGCUGAUCUCGAAGUCACCAGGAGAGAUUUAACUGACGACGAUGACAAAUCUUACAGUAGCCACUAUGCUAUGCAACACGAUCUGCUUAGAGAGUUGGCUAUCAUAGAGUGCAACCAGGGGGAAGUAGAGAAGAGAGAGAGACUUAUUCUGGACUUGACUGGAAAUAAUUUUCCCGAUUGGUGGAGCGAGCAAAAGCAACCGACUCUUAGUGCUCGUCUAGUGUCCAUCUCCACAGAUGGAACAUUUUCAACCCCCUGGCCAAAUCUUCAAUUGCCUGAAGCUGAGGCUCUUGUCUUGAACUUCGAGACCAACAUUCAAACCAAAACAUAUUGUUUGCCUAUAUUCAUCGAGAAAGCAAAUAAGCUCAAGGCCCUCAUAGUAACAAACUACAGUUUCUUUCCGGCUGAGCUAGGCAAUUUCCAUGUCAUCGGGUUCAAUUUAAGGAGGAUCCGGCUCGAACGCGUCACGGUUCCGUUGCUAAGCAUGGGAAAGUUACGCCUGCACAAUUUGCGAAAGAUAUCCUUUUUCAUGUGCGACAUCAGUAAAGCUUCGACGUUGAACGACGCCAAAAUCUCCGAUGCAAUGCCAAACUUAGUGGAGCUCGACAUCGACUAUUGUAAUGAUCUUGUGACAUUACCAGAUGGCAUCUGUGAGAUAAAGCCUCUGAAGAAGCUUAGCAUCACAAACUGCCAUAAUUUCUCCGCACUCCCUGAACAGAUCGGGCAAUCGGCGUCCCUCGAAGUGGUUAGGCUUAAUUCCUGCACAAACUUGUCGCAGUUACCAGACUCGAUUGGAGCUCUCCAAAAAUUGAUAUCCCUCAAUAUAUCUGAUUGCCUGAACCUAAACACUUUGCCCAAUCAAAUUGGUCAACUGGUUAAUCUCAAGAGGAUGAGCAUGAGAGGAUGUCCGAGGUUGUCUGUGCUGCCACGGUCAAUCGUGAAGCUGAGGAACCUGAGGAAUGUGGUUUGUGACAAAGAAAAAGAAGUCAUGUGGUGGCCUCUCAAGAGCAGUCUCAAUGGCUUGAAUAUAAUAGUGUCUGAAGAAGAGGCUAGCUUAGAUUGGUUGCGUGAUUAAGAAGAGGGCGAUUGUUCCUGUACUUUGCGCUUUUUUUAUGUGGACGGCCGAGCCAUUGCUGACUGGACCAAAUAAUUGAUGAGGAAUGCCACAUCAUUGUGUUAUUAAA